AAAAAUCAUCAACUAGUCUUAAUUGGCAUGGCUUUCAUGGUUGCGUUAUUGAAUUUAAUGCUCAUGUUUUCUGUAGUUUCAAAAGGGAAUUCACUUAGCUUAAACUACUAUGAAAAAACAUGCCCUGAUGUAGAGUUCAUUGUUGCCAAGACGGUGAAGGCUGCCAAUGCUGUGGACAAAACUGUUCCUGCAGCACUUCUAAGAAUGCACUUCCAUGACUGCUUCAUUCGGGGAUGUGAUGCCUCUGUACUGCUAAACUCAAAAGGAAGCAACAAAGCAGAAAAAGAUGGACCACCAAAUAUUUCUUUGCAUGCAUUCCACGUCAUUGAUAAUGCAAAGAAAGCAGUAGAAGCUGCAUGCCCUGGUGUGGUCUCUUGUGCUGAUAUCCUAGCUCUAGCAGCAAGGGAUGCAGUUUUUCUGUCUGGAGGUCCUGUUUGGGAUGUUCCUAAAGGAAGAAAAGAUGGAAGAAAAUCUAAGGCCAGUGAAACCAUACAAUUACCAGCACCAACCUUCAACAUAUCACAAUUACAGAAGAGCUUCUCUCAAAGAGGUCUUUCAAUGGAAGACUUGGUAGCUCUAUCAGGAGGACACACUUUAGGUUUCUCUCACUGCUCUUCCUUCCGGAACAGAGUCCAUAAUUUUGAUGCUACACAUGACAUGGACCCUUCAUUAAAUCCAACAUUUGCAAAAAAACUAAAAUCCAUUUGUCCACUAAAAAACCAGGAAAAGAAUGCAGGCACCACCUUGGACACUUCUUCUACUACUUUUGAUAAUGCAUAUUACAAGCUGAUCCUCCAAAGGAAGGGCAUAUUUUCUUCUGAUCAAGCUCUUCUUGAUACCCCAAAGACCAAGGAUCUUGUUUCUGAGUUUGCCACCUCACAAGAUGCUUUCUUCAAGGCUUUUGUGACGUCCAUGAUCAAAAUGAGCAGCAUUAAUGGUGGGCAAGAGGUUAGGAAGGACUGCAGGGUGGUCAAUUAG